GUUCUCUCUGGUUCUCUCUUAUUUCAGUUCGAAGGAAGGGGCCUUCGUAUUUGUGUCGACGUAUUCAAGAUGGCUAGUUCGGUGAAUGGAGUUAUAGCACAGGCGAAUGAAAACCUAACGGAAUAUCAAAAUGUAACAACAGCAAGAGUACCGUCGACACCCGAAGGAAUGGCAAUCGCGUACGGUAGCCUUAUUAUUAUGGCCAUUCUACCGAUUUUUUUCGGUAGCUAUCGUGCGGUCAAGCACCAUAAGGAACAGCAGCAAUUAUAUAAAACAAGUGGUGAACAGCCUGACACGAUGUCUCGUAGAGAAGCUGCUAUGUUUCCUCUGAUUUCCAGUGUUACAUUAGUUGGCUUGUAUAUAUUAUAUAAGGUAUUUGCAAAGGAAUAUGUUAACUUGAUAUUAGCUGGAUAUUUCUUUUUUCUUGGUAUUCUAGCCUUGUGUCAUCUUACAAGCCCAUUGAUUUCAUCGUUAGUACCUGCUGCAAUUCCAAAGACGCAGUAUCACAUUUUAUUUACAAAAGGAAAGGAUGAUAAAGAAGAGCAUAUAAUUAAUUACAAAUUUAAUCUUCACGACAUUGUAUGCCUUGUAUGCUGUUCUCUUGUGGGUGCCUGGUACCUUCUGAAAAAACAUUGGAUAGCCAACAACCUAUUUGGCAUUGCGUUUGCCAUUAAUGGAGUUGAAUUGUUACAUCUUAACAAUGUUGUGACUGGAUGCAUUUUACUAUGUGGUCUUCUGUUUUACGAUGCUUUUUGGGUGUUUGGUACAGAUGUAAUGGUAACAGUCGCAAAAUCCUUUGAAGUGCCCAUUAAACUUGUGUUUCCACAGGAUCUUUUAGAAAAGGGUUUGAAUGCUGGUAAUUUUGCCAUGUUGGGAUUGGGUGACAUUGUAUUGCCUGGUAUCUUUAUCGCGUUGCUCUUGCGAUUUGACAACAGUUUAAGCAGAAAGACCAAUGUCUACUUCUAUUCGACAUUUUUUGCAUACUUUAUGGGAUUACUAGCCACCAUGAUGAUCAUGCACUUAUUUAAUCAUGCACAACCUGCUCUAUUAUAUUUAGUACCUGCGUGUAUAGGCACGCCAUUGCUCUUAGCAUUAGUCAAGGGAGAUCUCAAAGCGUUGUUUUCAUACGAGGAUCAUCCGUCACCACCUACGAACGCGGCGCAACAAUCAGAACAGACACAAGUAGAAGCAAAAAAGGAUAAAUAAUAUUCCGACUUGCAAAGAACACGCUGUGCAAUUUGCGACAUUAUCCUGUAAUUAUCUUUCGAAUUCAUCGUGCGUAUGGAAAAUGAAAAAGAAAAUGAGUAAUAGUUUAUGAUUUAUGCUCAAGACGUACAAUCACGCAUUGUAAAAUACAAUAGCUUGUAACUAUAUCUUGCUUAUACUUUGCAAGGUAUAUCCGUGUAUGAUUCACAAUGAUUAGCGUUCACGGAUAUCGUUUGGAUAUUGUUUCGAUCUGCAAAGAAAGAAUCCAUCAUAGGAUUUAGAACUGUGAUAACCGAGAGCGCCGUUUCAUUUGCAUGCAAAAUCUUUAUCACUCAUGUAUGGUACCGAUAAUCAUCAUUUCGAGAUGAUGAAUGAGAAAGCACUGUUAGAAAAUGUUAAACGAUGUUAAAGCAGAAUUCAUUGUUUCGUUGCUUAAUAGGUUUUAGAGAGAGAGAGAGAGAGAGAGAGAAUAAAAUAAAAAUACUUCCAAUUGUUGAUUUAUAUUUCGUACACGGUGUGUACGAUAGACUGCUAUACGAGUCUACCUAAGUUUUGCGGUAUAUUACGGUAUAUUGCAUAAUUCUUAAGUUUUUUUAAUUUGAUAUAAAUUUCAACUUCAAUUCCAGUUACACAUAAGCUUUUACUAAUAUUCUAGAAUUUCUGAUAACUUUUUUACCAUGUGUGAGUGAUAAUCAUGAAUAAUGAAUGUAAAAAUGAUUUCGUUUCCUUGCGACGCGUUAAAUGAAUUAAUAUUAAGUAUAAGAAGUUAUUUCAUAUGUAAAAUUAUUGUAACGAAAUAUUAAACGUACACCAUUGUAGAACACAAAUGCUAAUACAUAUUUAUUUGUAAGAAGUGGAUAUUUACGAUUUAAAUGAAUACAAAUGUUUAUUUGGAAAUAUAAUAUAUAUAUAUACAAAAA